UCAAGUCUCUAAACGCACCUACAAACCGUUGAUUUGAUUGACGCAGGAAUUGCAAUCUGUUGCCACCUGUUUAGCUGCGGGUUGGACAAAUAAGCUCCCUUGCUACUGGAGUAUUGCACCUCUUACUCUGUUUCAAGGCUUACCAACAAGUCCCAGUUUUGUAGGGCAUCAACAGACUUGUUGAAUUGCAAGCUGCCUUCUUAUUUCAUCCAAAAGCUCAGUUUGCACUACUGUAUAGAUAUGAUUCAGUUGCCAUUGGUGGCCAAGCCACAAGUGUGAUAACAGACACCUGGAGCAUUAUUUUCCCAACUGCUGUGACUGUCGAUCUCCUCAACUGUCUGUAGAUAACGCCAUGUCCGGUUCCUUGAAUAACUUCUUUGGCUCUGGGAACCAAAGAAUACCUUUGAACUACAAUCCUGGACAAAGUAGGGCUGCAAUAGAUGGGGGGUCAGUAAACUUGCUUGUUGGUAGAGCCAGAGAAGAUGUUGGCAAUCUCUGUGUAGGCCAAAGCACUCAAUUUACCAGCUCUCAAAGAGAGGAGUUUCCUUCCACAAGCAGAUGGGUGACAUCUUCAGCCUCUCAAGGACGUAGAUAUACUGAUUUUGAAAGUGGCCGUGCCACCUUAGACUGGUUGUCAAACUGCAAAAAACCUACUGAGGAUGAGUCCAAAUGUUAUUCAUCAGCUGCGUCUGACUCUCUAAGGACCAUUGACAGCAGGAUUAAUAUCUCCAGUGAGCAAGAAAUGCAGUCCAUUGUAGGCUUGGGAGCUAAUGACAAUGCCUCAACAAACCAACCUGGGUCUCCUGAGUCCAUUUACCCCAGGUAUACUCCAGAAUUGGCCACUAAAAUUCUCCUGCGUUUUGGACUUGAAAAGGAGGACUUGGAGCAUCUUCUCUCUUACCCUGACGACCAGACCACCGUUGAGAACCUGCCCUUCAUACUGCACAAAAUUUGCGUUCAGAAAGCCAAGAGAGCAGCAGGAGCUCAGUCAGAACCCUACUCUGAAUCACAACCCAAAACAAGCAUGAGCACAGUGGACAUGAGUGUGUCUGAAGGAACAAGAGUGCCCCAAGGUGAAAGAUAUAAACCUUGCAAAGCAAAUGACUGUGGGCUUAGUGGGAAAAGCACUGCAGGGGCCGAGGAUCAGAUUGAAAGUGGUAAGGGUGACAGUGCAGUGCUGACUGACAAGUUCGGUAGUUGCAGGCACAGUGGCAAACCACUGGGAGGGAGUGUGACAGAAGUGAAAAGUAGUUCCUUAGCUUCUCCAAAAAAUAAGAUGGGUUCUGCCACUAGUCUCAGCUUGAUGAGGAGCUUUGUGGCUCCUUAUAGCAGCAAUCAAACCAAACAAGUGAAGACCCAGCCUCACCUGAUUUCCGAACCAAUCUUCACUCCCUUUUCUCUGAAAGAGACCAACAAGAAAUUUGAUAAUGAUCUAAACUUCCUUCCUUUGAAAGAACUUAAGUCAGAUUGCCAGUUGAUGUCAAACACCCAACCAGGUACCCCAGAUGGUGGUGUUCAUCGAUGCACAGUUGGUCUUGUACCCAUUGAUAAUCACCGGGACAGUCACACACAUGGUCAGAGUAAAGGUCAGCCACAAGGACAACUGCCUCUUAAGCAGGUGAAAAAGCAGAAGGGACAACUGGAUCAACAGCAAAAGCAGAUUCAGAGACCACUGCACAAUAUGGCAAAACAGCCAGUAUUGGUUCCAGUACCGCUUCCAGUACCAGUUCCUUCACCUCCUAUCAACCCCAGGAUUGUCACGGUUCCUCCAGCUUCACCUAUCCCAAAUCAAAUCAACUAUAGUCUGCAGCCUCCUUCCAUCAGGCUGCCUUUAACUAAGGAAGACAUCUACAAGGGUCUGCCAUCACCAGCCAUGAUGCAUGACUAUGCUGCCACCACGCCAACGUUUUUUCCACAUACCUGUUCUCUUUGUAAUGAAGUCUUUCCCCAUAUAAACGAAUGGAUCUUCCACCAGAAUACUAGCCUGCAUAUUGAGAACUGCAAACUCCUCCGGAAACAAUACCCAUACUGGAAUGGGAAAGUGCCACUGCUGCAAAGUUUUCCAGGUAAAGAUGCCAAGCAUUCAGCCCCAACGUCUGAGCAGAGAACGAGGCAUGAGAGCUGUUCCAGUUCCUGCUCAGACAGCCCACGCCACCGCCACAGAGUGGAGGAAGGAAGGGACAAAUCCAGCAGCAAUUCCUGUUCCCGCUCACCCAGUCCCUGUUACUACCAAAGUCCAGGGUAUAGAAGAAAUAAACGCAGCAGCCAAUCACAGCGGUCCCACAGAUCCAGAAACAGAUCGCGGUCUCGUUCUCUCUCACCGUGGUGUGAUCGGCCUACCUCCUCCCAUUAUCGGUCACGUUCACGGAGCCAUGAGAGACGAUCUUCAUGCAGAAGCAAGAAGAAACGGUCCUCGUCGAGGAAAAGGCGCAAGAGACGAUCAUCCACUGGACAGUCACUCCAUAAACGAAAGAAGUUGAGCAGUACAGAGAGACUGACCAGCAAGCUGAUGGAAACAUCAGGUGUCCAGUUUCUUUUAGAACAGCCUAACCUGGAGACCGUGGUUAAAACUCUUAUUCCUGUUGUACUGGCUGAGCUCACCAAGAUUGGUGUAUCAUCGUCUGCUGCUGCUUCUUCAACAUCUACUUCAUAUGCAGAAAAUGAGUUGACAGCUAAGUUUUCUGAUGCAAAGCCCAUCCCAGAGAAGAGUGAGCAGAGGAUGUCCACAAAGCCAAAGCAUAGUAAACCGUCAGCUCCAACCAUGGUCAAGCUUAAAGGGAAUUUCGAUGCCGUCUCUCGCAGUGAUGUGGAUGAAGCCGUGGAGCUCUUUGGAAAAACCAAAUCUGUUCUUCUUUUCAAGUCCAAGAAAAAGGCCGUUGUGUGUUUUGAGAAAAAAGAAGAUGCUGAAAAACUAAAGAGCGUGAAGAGCAUCAACAUGAGAGGAAUGUCAGUCACUGUAGUCCGAGGAAAGGCUGCUGCUUCUAAGAAGCCUCCAUCUACGUUGACAAAGAAGCAGAACAAGUGUACACAGAUGGAAUUUACGCAGUCCAGGGUCUCCACAGCUACUGAAUCCACUUCCACAGGAGAUGUUGUUUCCCCUCAGACUGAAACACCUUUAUCAAGACCAAAAGUGAAAAGAGCCACAACAGGAAAACCUGUCAUCAAAACUAAAAUCUUUGUUGCCAAAGCAAAUAGUGUCUCAGCCAAGAAGACAGUAAAGACUAUAAAAACUCCCAGUUUAGCUGCAGAAAACGCUGUGAAGCAGACUGAAGUAGAAAAACCUUCAAAGCUCACAAGCUCCAAAAACAGGCUGGGUGACUGUCAACAAACACAAACAGCUAAACUUGAAAUCAGUGCUAAAGCAUCGGUGAUGGCACAUGUAGCCAAGGUUGUAAAUCCUUCAGGUGUGACUCUUGCUGAACCGACUGGAGGCAGUGACUUUGCAAUCAAGGGAAAUGUCUUGGAUUCAGAAGCAGAAAUGGCCUCAACUGACCAUGCAUGUAAAAUAGGAGCAGCAACAGGAGGUGUGAAGCAACAGGUGGGACUUGAAAAAGUUGUUGAGCAGGUUACAAGCAUUAAACUGCUGGAACUUAGGGAAUCUGAACUGACGGAGCUGAUUGAAGCUGAAGUUUCUGCUGAGCGCAAAGCAAAACUGACCUUACUUACUAAACCCAAUGUCAUUCAUCAACUAACCGACACAGUUUCUCCGCUUCAACCUUCUGAGCUACCUCAGAGACAACACUUUACCUUCAAACUUCCACAAAACCUGAUCAAAACUUCAUUGUCUGCCCAGAAAAUCACCACAGCAAAGCCCGCUACACACGGGCUGAAGACCAAGAAAGAUUGUUUGGACAAGAAGCAGAAAGCUGCAGCAUCAGCCGAUUCCUUGAAGACGAAGCACACAGACCGGCUAAUGAACAAAAAGCAAAGAAUGAAGACCCAAAAGAGUUCAUCAUCAACUACAUCUGUGCUACCUUCGCCUGCUGCUGACUCUCUUACUUUUGGAGAAAGAAUUCAGGAGCUUUUGCAUCCAGAAAGAAUCAGCUGUCUAAGUAAGAAAACCAUCAUGUCACCAAAACUUUUCUGUCUCAGUGCAAAACUGCUGUUGAUAACUUGUCUGCCGGAGUAUUAUGAUGGCUGCUACACGGAGAAUGACGUUGCCAAGCUACUCCACCCAUUUGGAUUUAGCUAUAAGAGCAACAACAUCUAUGUUAUUCCUCAAAAGCGCAUGGCUUUUGCCCUCAUGCCAUUUGCGGGGAAUGUGCGAAACAUUAUCCAGUCCUCAAACAACAAGAAUAUUGUUCUCAAAGGAUCUAAACUUCACUUUUAUGCUGUUGCUCGACAUAUUUCCAUGACACCGUUUGGCUUUUAUGGAGAUCUGAUGAAACUGAUUGGUUCUCAGAAGCCGAAAGAUGAUGGGAAAAGUACCGUCUUCAUCCAGAAUAUCUCACCAAGCGAGACCCAGGAUCUCAGAGAAACUGUAAGAAAAAUCGGUUCCAUCAGAAACUUCCUGCCUCUCCUCAACAAGGUGUUUGUUGAAUUUGAUUCUGCUCAGGAUACUGAUCGGCUCGGAGUUUGGUACAGCCUCCUGAAGCUUUGCCCUGCCCAUAACAUUUACAGGAUAAAAACCCCAGAAAGCGCAAUGAUAUCACCACCACCAAGACUCGCAGCAAAGGCUAUGCCGGUUGACAAGGAACUUGUUGCUGGGGCUGUCGUCCCAACACCUGUCUGUGUUCCGCACAGCAGCAAGGCUCCAUUUUGGGUCACCUUUGCAACUUACCCUUUUGUGUUUCCUACCUUCUCUCCUUGGUUCAUCAUCCCAGAUUACUUGACGGUCAAGGAAAUGGCAGAUAUAGAGAAAGCUCGUUCUCAAGGAUCGGUUUUUCCCACAAUCAUGCUGACGGGUUUGCCAGAAGGAAACUAUACACACAAGGAUGUUGCUAAGCUGGUGUGGCCUUAUUUCCCUAAACAGACUCUUCAUACUCUGCACUACAAUGUGAUAGUCCUAACUCUGCAGAGGAGAGCUUUUGUCUAUUUUCACAACUGGGACACAUGCUGCGAUUUUGUCUUGCAUCACAUCAGAAAUCCAGUUCUUGUCAGAGGCUGCACGCUCUUCAUUCACUUUGUCUUGGAGAACAUGCAUCCUGGAUUCAGAGAGGAGGUCAUGUACCGGACUUUGAUGAAAUGGAGCAACGCACAUGUCUCAGAGCUCGAGUCCCUGAGAGAGCGGUUGCUGUGUGUGGAGAUCUUUGACACAUCUGUCCAUCUCAUCAUCAUGGUCAUGAAAAUGGUGGCGUCCAUUGCAUCUUUUGUCAGCUUCCUGCCUCUUGCCAACCGGAUUUGCAUUGAGAUGGCUGAGCCCACGGGUGUCACAGAAGUGGUGGAGAAGCUCUCACUGGGCUGCUUAUCCGUUCAUGAAAUUUGGAGUAAAAUUGGACGGAUUGAACCAUUGCAAAGCUUUGAACAGCGCCUUCAAGACUUGAAUGAGAUCAACAUAAACCUUGAAGUGGACGCUACUGGCACAGCGGCAAAUCCAGAGUCUGCUGUACAGAAACUGGAGGCCAGGAUGGAGGUAGAUGCUCUGCUGCAGCUGGCAGCAGGAAGCUCGGCUUUGGUGGCAAAGCAGAAUGUUAGAGGUCUGGGGACAAAACCUUCUGGAAAAGAAGAACCUGAGGGUGCUGUAAAGAUCCAGAAGAAUCCAGUACCUAAAGCUGGUACCAGCGUUUCAACUGCAGUGGUUGCAUCUGCCAACACUGGGUCAGCUGAUGUGAGCGAAGACCAGCGGACCACUGUGUUUUCUUCAGCUGCUGCUAUCUUCCAGACCGUUGGGGAAAAGAUAGAAAAGUUCCUGAACCAGGACAGAAUUUCUUGCCUGAAGAUGGAAACCGUCCUGUUAUCAAGACCUUUCUCACUGGAUGUCUUGUUAAUAACCAACCUACCAGAGCAUCAUGAUGGUUGUUACACUGAGGCUGACGUAGCCAAUCUGUUCAUCCCAUUUGGAUUUAAAUACAAGGACGACAACAUUUAUGUCAUUCCUCAGACACGCAUGGCUUUUGCCUUCAUGCCGGGUGUGGGAAAGGUGCAAAACAUCAUUGAUGUGUCAACAAGACAGGAUUUUAUUCUUCUUGGGUCAAAGUUAUGUUUGCGUGCAGUUAACGGCGGCAUUUCAAUGACACCGUUUGGCUUCUAUCAAUUUCUGAUGAGACGGAUGUGUUAUAAACUUAAAGACGACGGUAGGAGAACCAUCUAUAUCAGGAACAUCUCCCCAAGUGAGGUCCUUGGUCUCAUGGAAGUUUUGAAGGAAGUUGGUUCUGUGAGAAACUACCUGCCUCUACUCGGCAAGGUGUUUGUUGAAUUUGACUCCAUUUGUGAUGCCGAUUGGCUUGGAGUUUGGUACAGCUUCCUGAAACAUGGCUUUGGCUACACGGUCUACAGAAUGAAAAUGCCACGAAGCCCCUGCACAGCACCAUUACCAAAACUGGCUGCAAGAGCUAUGCCGGAAAACAAGGACGUCAUUGCUGGGGCAGUUUUCCCAACAACAUUGAGUGUUCCACUGGGCAGCACGCCUCCAUUCUGGGUCACGAUGACCACUAGUCCAUACAUGUUCCCUACAGCGUCUCCUUGGUUCAUCGUGCCAGAUUAUCUGACUGUCAUACAAAUGGAUGACAUUGAGAAGGCUCAUCAUCAAGCUUCUGAGUUCUCCACAGUCAUGCUGACCGGGUUACCAGAAGGAAACUACACGCACAUGGACAUCACUCAGUUGGUGUGGCCUUACAUCCCAGAACACACAGUUAAUUUUUUAUACUACAAGGUGAUGGUCCUGCCACUGCAGAAGAGAGCCUUUGUUUAUUUCAACAGCUGGGAAUCUUGCUCUGACUUUGUCCGAGAUCACAUCAGAAAUCCAUUUUCUGUCAGAGGCUUUAAGCUCGAAGUCCACUUUGUCUUGCAGGACAUGCAUCCGGGAUCCAGUGAGGAGAUCAUGUACAGAACUAUGAUGAAAUGGAGCAAUGCUCAUGUUCCAGAUCUUGAGUCUUUGGAGGAUCGCCUGCUGUGUGUGGAGAUCUCCAAGACAUCCGUGCACCUUGUCAUGAUGGUCAUGAAAGUAGUGGCAUCCAUAGCUGCUUUUGUCAGCUUCCUGCCUCUAGCCAACAGGAUUUGCAUUGAGAUGUCUGAAUCGGCUGGUGUAACACAAGUGGUGGAGAAGAUUUGCUUAAUGGACUAUUUGAAUGCAGACAAGACUUGGAAAAAUGUUCGACAUAUUGAGACCCUGAGGAGCCUGAAACAGCAUCUUGAAGACUGUAGUGAGAUCACAGUGAAUCUUACAAUGAAAACCACCGGCAUUGAUGGAACAAGUAACAUUGCAAUGAAAGAGAUCAUCUCAAGUCAGCCAAGUAAGACUGAGGGUGCGGCUACAGCAUCGCAUUUGUCUACAAGUCAGCAGACCUGUUCUUUAACUGCAGCUGUUAAGGUGUCAAAAGAAACCUGUCGGUCAUAUGAAGAAGAAAAACUAACAGAAAAAUGUAGUGGGUCACACACAAAAACAGAAACAUCAGAGGUGGAUCCAGCUGCACAGAGACGGGAGUUAGAGAUUACCAACCAAAAUCAAAGUCCCAAGUCAGAUUUUAAAGAAAUCCAAAAGGUGAAGAAAAGCAAAGAGAAAGAAAGGAAGAAAGUAUCGGAUGAGGGAGAUGAUGGAAAAAAUGACCAAACUCUUGAUUCACUAUGUGACCAAAGUGAUGAACAGAAGAACAAAGAAAAGGUCCGAGUCAGUAGCAGUGAAGCUCUGAUACCCAGAUCUGAGCAAGACCAGAGAUCACAUGAGGAUGAAGAAGAGCUGAUGGAUUGUGUUGAUGAUGAAGACAAAGCCUCCAGUGAAAUGGAAAUGGAUUAUUCUUACCAAAUGGAAGACAAUACUUCAAAAAACCAAGCAGCUUCAUCCCUAGAUAACAAUGAAAAUGAAGGUUCCACAUUACAGCAGCUGUCUGAGGGAGCUGCGACUCAGUCAGUCAACAGUCCUGAUCGAUCAGUAGUUAAAGAUGUAGCAGAUAAAAAUAACAUGUUAUGUAAAAAGAAGCAAACUUUAAAGAGCUGGGAGCAAUUUUACCAAACUUCUAAACAAGCUACCCCAAUCUCUGACACCAAACAGCCUCUUGACAGAAACAGCAAAAACCCAACAAAAGAUUUCACUGAACAGGAAGCAUUUAGGACUCUGGAUUCAGGAAGGGAUCACUUCAUAGCAGAAGGUGACGGCCGGAAGCUUGAAACUCCAACCAAUCAGAUCUUUAAAGCCGAUCACCACGUUAUUGAUUCUGUGGAGGAUCAGCCAAUCACUACAGAGAUGCAGUUAGAAGAUAAAAGAAAGGAAAAAAGAACCAAAAGAUUUUCUAUGAAACCAAGUGAGGAGAAACUGACGAAGAAACAAGACAUGACAGUAAACACAACAGGAAGUGACAAAAAAAAUGUCGAAGGCACAGAAAUUAUGGUCUAUGAACUAGCGAACCAUGAGGCAGAAAAGCAAACUAUGCAGAUUUUAGACUCUGUGGAAGAAGACCCUGCCACUGAAAAACCCACCAUCAAAAAGACAAAGCAAAACACUUUGAAUAACAGAACUAAAAAAGAAAAGAGCCCAGAAAUACAUACGAUCACAUCAGCCAGAAAUUCACAGGAACAACAUGGAGAGAAAGCUACAAAUCCAGAAGAUGAAGCCUCUCUAAGAGGAAGUAGUCCAACAAUGAAGAGUGAUGCUGCUAAAGGAGACACAAGUGAGGAAGAGGCUACUUGUGAAAUGGUAGAUGCUGUGGAGGAUCUCUUUGUGGGUGAUGAUCAACCUGCAACACGACAAAAAAUACCAAAAAUUGUGACAAAAGAAAAGGGUCCAGCUGAAAUGAACCAAAUAAGAUAUGGCUCCACAGCUGUGGAACCACCACAAAAGGUCAUGAAAGCUGAUAAGGUUCAAGAAGCUAAUAAUCCUCCUUCAGAUAGAUCUGGCACCGAAAAGGAGGACAGAGUACCAGAAGCAGAUGCUAAGAAAGAAGAAAAACCAGAAACUAAUGCCCAAAGUGAUGCUGCGACAACAGAAGACAGCAUAGAAAAAUCUCCAAGGAGAAAUAAAACUGCGACUGCAUUGAGCUUUCUUUUGACCCUGGAAGAUGUGAGUGAGGAGGAGGAAAAUAACUCUAAUGAUGUAGCUGAGGAAGAGGAACUGAAGAUGAGACAGGCUCCUGCUAAAGAGAAUGAAGAUGAAGGAAUGAGCAGGGAAAGAAAAGAGAGAGGGAAUAACAUAAAUGUAGAACCACAGGAGCUAGUGGCUCUGAGUGAUACCAUAGAAGAAGAGAAGCAAAAAGAAGAGCAUAGAACAUUGGAGUCUGACUCCCUGAUCCAGGACAACCAGUCAGUGGACUUCCUGAACCCACAGGUUUUGGGGACAGUAAAUGAAAGGGAUAAUGAAGAGGAGGGAGCGAAGACAACCUCAUCUGUCAAACGUAAACAUGACGACUCAGUAAGAAAAUUCACUGGAAGGAAAGCUGUGAGCGCAGAAGAUGUUAAAGAAGAACAGACGUUCCUGCCUCUUGAUUCACUUGAUCCCAUCUCAACAUUGGACAGAGACACAUCUGAUCUGUCAGCUAACAGCCAGACGGAGGUCAGGAGGACAGAGGUGGAAGCUGUGAGCCGAUCUACCGUCAGCGGUCUUUCUGCUGCACAGCAUCCACAGUCUGGCUGCUGUAAAAACCAAACGAUGGAAGGAUGUGUAGAAGAAGAGGUGGAAGGAAACAGCAAAGCCAACAUUAAAGUCCUUCAUCAGAGACCGGAGCCUGAUGGAGCUGAAGCUAAGAGUUCUAGUUCUCAGACUGGUUUUGCUGUUGAGUUUAAUCUGGCUCCAUUCAACCACAAGACCCCCCUCGGUCAGGAGUUUGUGGUGCCUAAAUUUGGGUAUUUCUGCCACUUGUGCUCUGUUUUCUACUUGAAUGAGAGCACCACCGAGGAUCUGCACUGCUGCAGUGAAGCGCACUAUCAUAACCUGCAGAAAUUUUACCAAAAGCUCAGAGAGAAACGUUUGAAGAUGCAGAAUUUCCAAGGCUCCGUCUCAGAGUGAUGCUCGUCAGCCGAUGAUUGUGUAAUUGAAGAUUAGAAAAAUGUUCUCCAUGUGCUGCUGAAAUCAUAUGACCUGUCAGAGCACGGACACGCCAACUCGUCUCGUCCUGGGGUGCCAUUUUCUGUUGGGCCAAAAACAGUAAAAAGUUUUUCUGAAUUAACUUCCUUUGUUCAAUUAUGAAGCACUAAAUUUAAGUUUAGAUAUUGC